AUACACACAUACAAACACACACCUAUAUCCUCAUACAUAUACACACGUAUGUAUAUAUAUACACACACACCUAGAGAGAGAAUAUAGAGAGAGAAGAGAGAACCAGAGGAGAACAUACAUACACACAUACAAACAUUUGUCUCCUACAAACUUCGAUUAUUAACGAAUAAACAGAUCUGAAUCCACAAAAGUUCCACUCAAAUCUCAAUCAGAUCUUCAUCAAUUUCAUCCGUGAGAAGAUAUUGCAAAUUGAGGAGAAUUAGGGUUUGUGAACCAAGUGUUUGUGGAUGUUGAGAGAUGAGGGAUGUUGGAACAAUUGAUGAGUAUUUUAACAGCCUGCUGGUUUCCGGUGUCGGACCGGUAUGAUAUCGGUCCGGAGAGUGUCGUCGGCCGGCAGGAAGGGCUUUUAUGGUGUAAGGAUUAUGGGAAACAUAUCAAUGGGGAGUACUCUAUGGCUGUGGUUCAAGCCAAUAUGUUGCUUGAAGAUCAGAGCCAGAUUGAGUCCGGCUCGUUGAGCUUUAGUGAUUCGGGUCCAUACGGGACGUUUGUUGGAGUGUAUGAUGGUCAUGGUGGACCGGAAACGUCGCGUUAUGUUAAUGAUCAUCUGUUUCAGAAUCUCAAAAGGUUUGCUACAGAACAAAAAUCAAUGUCUAUGGAUGUGAUCCGUAAAGCGUAUCACGCAACAGAAGACGGGUUUUUAUCGAUUGUUGCUAAGCAUUGGACGGUGAAACCGCAGUUAGCUGCUGUUGGAACUUGUUGUCUGGUUGGUGUUAUUUGUGACGGGGUGCUUUACAUUGCUAAUGCUGGUGAUUCUCGUGCUGUUUUGGGAAGAACCGUGAAGGCGACGGGGGAGGUUAUCGGUAUUCAAUUAUCGGUGGAGCAUAACGCGAGUAUCGAGUCGGUUAGACAAGAGCUUCAUAGUUUGCAUCCCGAUGACCCGCAAAUUGUGGUGUUGAAACAUAACGUGUGGCGUGUAAAGGGGCUCAUACAGAUUUCAAGAUCUAUAGGUGAUGUAUACCUAAAAAAGGCGGAAUUCAACAGGGAACCGUUGUACGCAAAGUUUCGUCUUCGUGACCCGAUUCGGAGACCGAUACUUACCGCUGACCCGUCAAUAUCCAUGCAUGAAAUCCAACCGACCGAUCAAUUUAUCAUAUUUGCAUCCGAUGGUCUCUGGGAGCAUUUUAGCAAUCAGGAGGCCGUCGAUAUAGUGCAGAAUCACCCACGUAAAGGAAUUGCUAGAAGACUAGUGAAAACCGCCUUACAAGAGGCGGCAAAGAAGAGGGAGAUGAGGUACACAGAUUUGAAGAAAAUCGACAGGGGAGUAAGGCGUCAUUUCCACGACGACAUUACAGUUGUAGUUAUAUUUCUAGAUUCGAAUCUAGUGAGUAAAGCAAGCUCAUUAAAAGGUCCUACUUUGUCUCUUAGAGGUGGCGGCGUCAACCUCUCAGGGAAGGCGGCACCACCAUCAAUCGCCUAGGAUCAGGUCGGCAUCACUUACUCUUGCUAUUCUUGAUUACCAGUAUGUGGUUGGAUGGAUUUGAGAGAAAGGUUAAAAAGGUAAUUUUCCAUCUCUAAUUUUAAUUCCAUGAUGUAUAGGGAGUUAUUUGAAGCUUAUGUUAUGUAAAUCUUGUUCUUAGAAAUUUAUUUCUUUUUCUUAGAAAUUUAUUUCUUUUUCUUUUUUUUAUUGGCCUGUUAAUUUGAAAAAAAAAGUGAAUAAAAAGGUGUGUAUAGGUCAACCCAA